UCAGGAAGCCUCCCUGUGAAUCCUCUAACAUGCGUCAAAGCACAAAGAGAAGAAAGAAAGAACUUUUUGUUUUCGCCUUUUUCGCUUCUUCUUCUUCCUCUUCUUCAAGCAGAAAGACAAAGAAAACAAAAGAAAAAUGGGCGGUGGAGGACUUCAGGCGUUGAAGAGAAUCCCUCUCAUUAAGUUUCCUCAAAGACACCUCAAGUCUUCUGGUUCUGCUUCCAAGUCUCACGAGGCUUCUGCAGUUGGAAAUGGUAAUCUGCCUUUUUUUUCAAGUUCAAAGGCUUCGAUGACUGUUGGAGGGAAAGCUUCUCUUCAGCCUAAACGAACUCCUGUCUCCAAUGACGAGAUCGAGGCAAUCUUGUGUGUAUGUCUGUUAUUAUCAGUGUACAUAACUCGAGCUCUUUGGUGGUUGGAGAAUGCUUUGAUUUCUGAAGGUAGAAGUUGGCUUCUAUUUGUCAUAUUGUUGUUAACAGAGUCUACAGUAAAAUCAUUGUUGAUCCGUAAGUAGUUAAUGAUUGCUGCCAUCUGCUAUCGGUCUUAAGUUCUUUAGUCAGUAUGCAAGUCUUAUUAUUGUGUCCAUGAUACUUCUGGUUGUCUAUUUGGAUAUGUUGGUGGGUGCUAAUUUC